AUGAAAAACUCAGCUCUGAGAUGGAAGGCUUCUCUUGUCUUCAUGUUCUAUUGCUUCAUACAUUCAUCCUUUUCAAGUGCAAAUUACUUUGGUGACAUUGAGUCAUUAAUUGCUCUCAGAAACUCUCUUGUCCAGAGAAGAGAUGUUAUUCCGAGUUGGUUCAAUUCAAAGAUCCAUCCAUGCAGUUGGAGUGGCAUAAGGUGUGAGGGUCCCAUAGUUCAUGAAAUUGAUUUAUCUUGUACAUUGUUACCCUUAGAUCUUCCAUUUCCGAACAGUCUUGGAGAAUUCAGACAUCUGAAGCAUCUUAACCUCAGCCAUUGUGCCCUCAUUGGCCAUAUUUCUGAAAGUUUUUGGCAUCUUGAGAAUUUGGAGAUCCUGGAUCUGAGUGAUAAUAGACUGUUUGGGAUGCUGCCUCCUACCCUCUUGAACAUGAAAAACCUUAGAAAACUUGUACUUGAUGACAAUAGCUUUUCUGGCAGUUUACCGACGACAAUUGGUCAUCUGAGAGAACUAAAUGAACUAUCGGUCCAUGCAAAUGCAUUUUCUGGUAAUCUUCCAGCAGAGCUUGGAAACCUACAAAAAUUGCAGUCACUUGAUCUUAGUGUAAAUUUCUUCACUGGGAAUCUACCUUCCAGUCUGGGUAACCUUACAAGGCUUCUGUACUUCGAUGCUAGUCAGAACAGAUUUACAGGGCCAGUAAUUCCUGAGAUUGGAAACUUGGGAAUGCUUAGAACUCUUGAUCUCUCGUGGAAUUCGCUGACUGGAUCUAUACCAGUGGAAGUAGGCCAACUGACCAGCAUAAAUUCAAUGAGUGUUGGAAACAACAACCUCAAUGGGGCAAUACCAGAUACAAUUGGCAGUCUGAGAGACCUACAGGUACUUAAUCUCCAGAGUUGCAGACUUUCAGGAAAAGUGGCUGAAGAAAUCUCUAAGCUGACAAGCUUGUCGUACUUGAAUAUAGCACAGAACAAUUUUGAGGGAGAACUGCCUUCAAGCUUCGGCAAGCUGACAAAUCUAGUCUACCUUCUUGCUGCCAAUGCAGGACUUAGUGGAACAAUUCCAGGGCAAUUGGGAAACUGCAAGAAACUCAAGAUUCUAGAUCUGUCCUUCAACUCAUUAUCUGGCACAUUACCUUAUGGUCUUGCGGGCCUGGAAUCACUAGACUCGCUUAUCCUUGACUCAAAUCGCCUAUCAGGUCCUAUACCUGAGUGGAUUUCCAGUUGGAAACGAGUAGGGUCCAUAAUGUUAGCAAAGAACCUCUUUAAUGGGUCUCUACCACCACUCAAUCUGCCAUCCCUGACCUUACUUGAUGUCAGUACCAAUUUGCUCUCUGGUGAGUUGUCUGCAGAAGUAUGCUCUGCAAAGUCAUUGGCCAGUAUAUCGCUUUCGGAUAAUGAUUUUACUGGUACUAUAGACGACACUUUCAGGGAAUGUUUGAAUCUCACUGAUUUGGUGUUGUCUGGAAAUGAUCUCUUUGGUGAAAUACCUUCUUAUUUGGGAGACCUCCAGCUGGUUACACUGGAACUGUCAAAAAACAAUUUCUCUGGAAAUAUUACUGGUCAACUGUGGGAGUCCAAAACACUUAUGGAGAUAUCACUCAGUAACAAUUUUCUUGAAGGUCAGAUUCCGGAGGAAGUUGCCAAAGUUUCUAAUCUGCAGAGGUUGCAAUUAGACAAUAAUCUCUUUCAAGGAAACAUCCCAAGUUCCAUUGGUGAGCUCAAAAAUUUGACUAAUCUGUCUCUACGUGGUAACAAGUUGACUGGAGAUAUCCCCUUGCAGCUUUUCAAGUGCACAAAGCUGGUGUCUGUGGACCUUGGCGAAAACAGGCUUUCAGGUCCAAUUCCAAAAUCCAUAUCUCAGUUAAGAUUUCUCGACAACCUGGUGCUAUCCAAUAACCAUUUCUCUGGUCCAAUACCUGAGGAAAUCUGCUCUGGGUUUCAAAAGGUGCCUUUACCAGACUCCGAGUUCACCCAGCAUUAUGGCAUGCUUGAUCUGUCCAAUAAUGAGUUUGAUGGUCCCAUUCCUGCAUCGAUUAAGCAUUGCAUUGUCCUAACAGAGCUACUCUUACAGGGAAACAAGCUCAAUGGAAGCAUUCCUCGUGAGAUUUCAGGUCUGAUGAACUUAACUUUCCUUGAUCUCUCUUUCAAUUCUUUGACAGGACCAGUUAUUCCUCAGUUCUUCUCAAUGAGAAACCUUCAGGGACUUGUUCUUUCACAUAACCAGCUUAUUGGCUCAAUCCCUGAUAAUCUAGGAUCAAUGACACCAAGCAUAGCCAAGCUUAAUUUGUCAAAUAACUGGCUCACUGGUUCAUUGCCUUCAUCCAUAUUCACCAUUAAGAGUUUGACCCAUCUAGAUUUUAGCAUGAAUUCCAUCUCAGGACCUCUCUCUUUUGACUUUGGAACCACCAGUUCUCUUUUGGUCCUAAAUGCCAGCAACAACCACUUGUCUGGUAACCUCGGUAAUUCUCUUUCUAAUCUGACCACCCUUUCCACACUGGAUGUUCACAACAACAAAAUUACUGGCAGCUUGCCUUCUUCACUCUCUACUCUUUCUGCCUUGACAUAUCUCGACUUGUCUAAUAACAAUUUCCAAGAGUCUGUACCUUGCAAUAUUUGUAACAUAGAUGGGCUUGCCUUUGUCAAUUUCUCUGGAAACAGAUUCACCGGCCACGUACCAGAAACUUGUACACAGGCUAAAAGAUGCAUACCAAACCAACCUAUUCUCCCUUCCGCACAGGGCUACCCACCUGCACAGAUUUUAACCCGUGCUUCUGUCUUGGGCAUUGCACUUGGUGCCACAUUUGUUUCCCUGGUCCUGUUCAUUUGUCUUCUCAGAUGCAGGAUGCUGAGACAAGAAGCUGUGAUACUUGAUGGGGGAAAGGGUAAGCUUGUGACAGCAAUUGAACCUGAGUCCUCUGAUGAGCUUUUGUGUAAGAAAUCAAAGGAGCCACUAAGCAUUAAUAUCGCAACCUUUCAGCACUCGCUAUUGAGGGUAAACCCUGCAGACAUUUUAUCAGCGACUGAAAAUUUCAGCAAGACUUACAUUAUAGGUGAUGGUGGAUUCGGUACAGUUUAUAGGGCGUCACUGCCCGAAGGUAGAACCAUUGCCAUCAAAAGGCUUAAUGGAGGACACUUGCAUGGUGACCGUGAAUUUUUGGCUGAAAUGGAGACAAUUGGGAAGGUUAAACAUGAAAACCUGGUUCCAUUGCUUGGAUACUGUGUCUUUGCAGAUGAGAGGUUCUUGAUUUAUGAAUACAUGGAGAAUGGAAGCCUUGAUGUGUGGUUGAGGAACCGUGCAGAUGCAGUUGAGGCACUUGACUGGCCUACCCGAUUUAAGAUCUGCCUGGGCUCAGCUCGAGGGCUUGCCUUUCUGCAUCAUGGUUUUGUUCCCCAUAUCAUUCACAGAGACAUCAAGUCCAGUAAUAUCUUACUGGAUAGCAAGUUUGAGCCACGGGUUUCAGAUUUUGGCCUGGCAAGGAUAAUUAGUGCAUGUGAGAGCCAUGUUAGCACUGUGCUUGCUGGAACAUUUGGAUAUAUACCUCCUGAGUAUGGUCAGACCAUGGUGGCUACAACCAAGGGUGAUAUCUAUAGCUUUGGAGUGGUGAUGCUAGAGCUGGUGACAGGAAGAGCACCAACGGGUCAGGCUGAUGUUGAGGGCGGCAAUCUUGUUGGAUGGGUUAGGUGGAUGGUCACAAAUGGGAGGGAAUAUGAGGUACUAGAUCCCUAUUUUUCUAGUUCAAUGGCAUGGAAGGAUCAGAUGUCGAGUGUUCUUGAAGUUGCACGGUUGUGCACACAUGACGAGCCUUGGAAGCGGCCAACCAUGCUUGAGGUGGUGAAGCUGUUGAAGGAGAGUAAGAUAGAAACCAGUCCCUAGGGUGAUUGAACAGGACCGAAAACUCUAGGCGAUUUCAAGUCCAGAGAAAUGAUUGUCGGUUCAAAAUUAGAUGAUUCAUAUAUGUGUAGUUCAUGUUGUAACUGAGGAUGUGUGGUUUUAAAAUUAAGAAUGUUAUGUAAGUGAUGUAGAGCAGAAGCUAUAAAAGGGCAUUUGAAGUCAAUAAUAUCUGCAUUUCCUUGGGCAGGUUUAGAAAAUACCCUCAUGUGGCCCAAAGUUUGUAGCCUUGCUAGAGUGUAGAAAGUGACUUACAA